GUGGCAGACUGAUUACGAGUCAGAGUAGCGGCGUACUCCGACUAGAGAGCGGCGUCGCGUACCCGCGCGUUUUUCAUCGGCUCUCCUCUGUCCUUUGACGUGGAUCACCAGGCCCUAUUGUUCAUUCUAACUCACUCUCCAACUUUACUAUUGAUUUCUCGCUCCUUAUUAUUUCUUCGUCUUCCUUCGUUCCUCGAUUUCGAGUUCAUCGAAACAAACCAUCUCUGCAAAUCACCGCGCGAAGAGGGAAGUCUCUGUCUCGGACUGAAAAUCGAACGAGGUGCACGUAAGACGCGUACACGUGAAUACGCCAAGGAGUUACGUCCCCAACAAGCAAACGAAAGAGGCGAACCAUCAGCGAGGAAAACACGAGAUCGAUAGUGUUGUGGCAACCACGUUUAAGACCACUACCCUGCCAAGUGGUACUCUGUCGAGUUGAGUACAGUGGAAACGGUUGAUGUCUAUAGAGAGCUCGUGUCUUUCGCGUAGAGUAGAAUUAAUCGACGAGACGAGAGCUCGAGAUAGCUUGCAUACGCGACGAUUUACUUAAAUCAGAGGAUAAUUGAAAUCACGAAAGUACCUAUCGUCAUCUGACAUUGUCUGACGCGACAUUACGAUUCUUAACAACAGUUACAACGAGGCACGCGUUUAGGAAGCACGCGUAACGUGUGUAUUCAGUGUUCUUCGGGGGGAGUAACGGUGUCAAAGAAAUCGAUAUCGACGCACGAAAAAGUCACGGUGGUUAGGUCAAUUCCUCCGCAAAGAAGGUGCACGAGUUGAAUUGGAAGCAAGCGCGUCGCACGUCGAAAAUAUGACGAAGUGUACCAAGAUCUCUUCACGACAACAAAGAGCCAACAUCUACCUGAUAGCGAUAGCGCUCCUCAUUUUGUACGCGAAUUCGGAAGCGGCUCCGACUGACAUCGUCAUCAGCGACACCACUGCCGCGACUUAUCUGGCGCAAUACGGAUACUUACCGCCGACAAAUCCGGAAAGUGGUGCUUUUUUAAGCGAGGAGAAGCUGACGGCAGCGAUAGAAGAAUUUCAAGCUUUUGCCGGUCUUAAUAUCACAGGUGAAUUGAACGAAGAGACUGCUAAACUUAUGGCUACACCAAGAUGCGGUGUUAAAGAUAAAGUUGGACCAGCUGCCGAUGGAAGAUCGAAGAGAUAUGCUCUCCAAGGAUCCAGAUGGCGCACGAAGAACCUGACGUACAAAAUUAGCAAGUAUCCAACUGGUCUGAACAAACAGGAAGUGGAUAAAGAAAUCGCGAACGCAUUCGGCGUUUGGUCAGGUCAAACUGAUUUGACAUUUACCCGCAAAACAGGACAUGAAAAUGUUCAUAUCGAAAUCAGAUUCGAGGUAGGUGAGCACGGCGACGGUGAUCCUUUCGAUGGACCUGGCGGCACCUUGGCACACGCGUACUUUCCCGUAUACGGUGGUGAUGCUCACUUUGACGACUCCGAACGAUGGACUAUCAAAAGCUAUCGCGGUACCAAUCUCUUUCAAGUCGCGGCUCAUGAAUUCGGUCACUCGCUCGGCUUAAGUCACAGCGAUGUCAAGAGUGCUCUGAUGGCACCUUUUUACCGCGGCUACGAUCCACACUUUAUUCUAGAUCAAGACGAUGUCAGUGCAAUUCAGGCUUUGUAUGGAACGAAAACCAAUUCACGAGGAUCGCGACCUUUGCCACCUGCCGAAGAAGAUCCUGAAUUGUGUAAAGAUCCGAAGAUCGACGCAAUGUUCAAUACGAAAGACGGCGAGAUAAUUGCGUUUAAAGGAAAACAUUACUGGAAAUUAACGGACAAUGGUGUGGCUAGCGGCUAUCCUAGACGUAUUAACAGCACGUGGAAGGAGCUUCCGUCAAAUAUAGACGCUGCAUUUACAUACAGGAAUGGCAAGACUUAUUUCUUCAAGGGCACGCGAUACUGGAGGUAUAUUAAUACGACUAUGGACGGCGACUAUCCGAAGGAAAUUAGCGAUGGUUUUACCGGCAUUCCCGACAACAUCGAUGCGGCUACUGUAUGGACUGGAAAUGGCAAAAUUUACUUUUACAAAGGCGCGAAAUUCUGGCGCUUCGAUCCAUCGUUGAAGCCACCAGUGAGAAGUAACUAUCCUAAACUCAUUCAAAAUUGGGAAGGCAUACCGAAUCAUAUCAAUGCAGCAGUAACCUACAAGGGCUUUACGUACUUCUUCCAAGAUAAUGCCUAUUAUCGAUUCAACGACCGAAUGUUCAAGGUGGACGAGGCUAAUCCCGCCUUCCCAAGAUCGACAGCGUACUGGUGGUUCGGAUGCAAGUCCGCUAACAGAGGGACAUUAGGUAACGAUCACUGGCCAUUCGCAUUUGCCAGUAAUCUGGACGUGGCUGAUACAUACGACGAUAACGGUAAUCUUGACAGCGUUGGCGACAUCAUUCUAGACGCAGGAGGAACCGACGAGCUCGUGACAUCAUCGAAUCAUAAUGACGGAAACUCUGGGGUAUCCGCGAAUCCGCUAUAUUCAUCGGAAGGGAUCACACGGCAGCUCCUGCUCAGCAUCGUAACAACGAUCAUCGCGAGGUUCGUCAUGGCUACGUAAAGACAGUGACUUUAAGGAUCGACGCAGUUGACUCGAAAUCGAUAACGAGCGCGCGAAAUGCAACGAAGAUGUCGAUAGAAUAUUUCUUUUCCUUUUGAAAAACGUGAAUGCGCGAAACGAUCGAAAUCAUCGUUGGCACAGCACGUUUAGGAACUUGCGCUCUCGAUAAAUAAGUAUUAUAUAGAUAGCUAGAAAAUUACGACGCGCAAUAUUUCCGCCGCAAUUAAAUUGUUGAGCUGUAUGGCUGAGCAAGGAUAUGUGCGACGCGGCUAUAGCACAUAUUUGAAUUGCACACAUUUUUAUACAUAUAUGCCAGCGCAAAUGUGUGUGUGUGUGUACGCGCGCGCGUGUUAUGUGUGUGUGUGUGUGUGUAUGAUGAAUGAUGUUUCACGCGCUGUAACGUAACAUAAAACGUUCUACACUGCCUAUUUAUUCGCGUGUUUAUCAUUCGCAAAGACUUUAUAAAGGCUCUUAUUAAUUCCUUAGAAUCUGACCAUUCAAUUAGAUUGCGAAAUGUAUAAAUGCGAUAUUCGCGCAUUGCGACAUAACAAAUAAUAAUUAAUAGAAAGCAAUAAUCGGAUUCUUUAUGUUGUGACAAUAUUGUAAAAAAAAUAUUUGUUGAUCAAUGAAAGUGUUUAUGUGAAUAUUAUAGAUCACUCUCCUAUCCCUAUAAUGUAAUGUAAAUGUUAAAAUAUUCUAUGUAAUAAUAAGCAGAACAAUUAUAUAUUAUUUUUAUUCAAUAUCUAUAAUCUCAUUUGCAUGCGUGAUACAUUUUUAUAUGUACUUAUAUAAAUAUCUGAUCUGUACACUAGUAUCAGCGUUGCGAUUGUAUUAAAAUGACUGUUAUAUCAUGAUGCAAGUGCCUUAGAAAAUAUUUUGUAACUUACACAACUCUGAAAAGAGAAUUGUAGGGCUGCGUUCAGAAACAUCACUCGAGUGCUUCUGUACAUCAUUUUAUCCCUUGUUCAACAUUCGGUGAACAAGGAUAAAUGAUGCACUAUAAUGAGGCACUCGAAUGAUAUUUCCGAGCGCAGCUUAAAUGCCAGAGCAUUCAAGCGCAACUUUUUAUCUAUGCAUUAUUUCAAACAGUGUUUAAUUACGCUCUCGUCAUAUGACGUUACGUGUUGAAGAGAAUCCUUGUUUUUAUAUAAAUGCUUCCCUUGCGAUUUCUCCCAAUGAUAGCUUAUAGUUCAGCUUGUAGUUUUAUUUCAAAUUAUGUACAUACACACACACACGCACACACACACACGCGCACGCGCAUUUAUAUGUAUAUGUACAUAUAUAUAAAAUUUCUAGAAAAUAUUGUAACUGUAUGCAAAUUGUCAGACAUUGAUCUCUGACAUUAAUGGUGCUGUUGUAUGUGUGAGAAUUUAUACAUCUAUAUUUACAAUUUUUAACUAUAUAAAGUGCCUCAUUCUUUUCUAGAUUAUACAAAAUAAUGCACUUUAAAACGUGUUUAGCAAAAACGUGCAACAACUAUCUUUUUUUAACAGAAAAGAAAGAUAUUGCGAUGAAAAAUUAUUCACGUCGAAAAUAUAUCUUCCUGUUCAAUAUUAACAACAAAAAUUAAAUUAAAUUAACAGAACAAUUAAAAGUUAUAAUACCUGCAGUAUACCCCUGUAUUUUCUUACAUUUAAAGAAGUAUUUUAGUGUCUAAUACUACGAAUGUUCGACCAGUACUUAAUUGUUAAAGAUUAUAUUUACAAUUAGUCUUCAAAAAAUAUUAUCAAGGUACAAGAAGAAAGGCUUUGCAUUUUCCUCAAUAUUUGUUGAAUAAGAGAAUUUCUGUAUAACAAAUGAAAAUAUUUUAAACUGAUGGUUGAUUAUUGUUUGAGAUAACUCGAAUUAUUUAAUACACAUAAAUUCAAUUGUGCAAUACCUUUCUUUGUGUUACUACUGACAUUAGGAUAUUAAUAAUAUUGAAACUUGCCACACUAUUGUGUCGUGCCUUGAACAAAUCUCUAUUGUAUUAUAUUUUUCAUCAUCAUACAAAAUAGUAUUAAUAAAUAAGUUUAUUUUAAA